CUGCGUAAGUUGGGGACUGCCUGUAUUAGCAUAAUAGGAUUGUGUGAGGGAGGAUUGUAUUGAGCUCCUUGUUCAGCUUGAUCAAAGCAAUGAAAAUGGAUUCUGUUAAAGCAAGUCAUAUCCACAUGCCAUGAUGUUCAUUAGUGCAUUCUUAAUCUGUGAGACAGGCUGAUACUUAAGCAGAUAACUAUGUUAACCUGUAUUUUAAGUACAGCUGGAAAGAAUUAAAAUCUGUCUUCAGUAUUGACAUUUUGGUCUCAUGUUAUUUUGCUUAUAGAUAAUUGGAAGGGAUGGUAUUUUGCUUUUAUGAUAACUGCAGAUUUCCCCCCCUAAUUAUUUUUGGCAUAGUUGUAUGUUAAUAUUAAAACAUCUGUCUGUUUGCAAGAUAUCACUGAGGAAUUUGAGUAACUAGAGGAAUAAAUGGAGAUGAUAAAAUGUUUAUCACUGGGUUUAUUUUUUGUUCUUUCCUAGAGUGGCUUACCUAAAAUCAAAAAAAUUUGGUAAAGAAGCAAUUGCACGGAUGAUCUCCAGAGCUCCAUUUUUACUGUCUUUCUCAGUGGAAAGACUGGAUAAUAGGUUGGGUUUCUUCCAAAAAGAACUUGGACUAAGUGUGCAAAAGACCAGAGAUUUAGUAAUUAGUCUUCCAAGGCUACUGACUGGCAGUCUUGAGCCUAUAAAAGAAAAUUGGCAGGUGUGUCAGGUUGAACUUGGUUUUCGACGAAAUGAAAUUCAGCAGAUCAUAUGUAAAAUCCCCAAGAUUUUAACUGCAAACAAAAGAAAGCUUACAGAAACUUUUGACUACCUGCACAAUGUAAUGGGCAUUCCCCACCACAUCCUUACUCACUUUCCUCAAGUUUUCAAUUCAAAGCUACUAAGAGUCAAAGAAAGACAUAUGUUUCUUGCUUUUUUGGGAAGAGCACAGUAUGACCCAGCACAGCACAGCUACAUCUCUCUGGACAAACUAGUAUUCAUGCCCGAUGAGGUGUUUUGUACAGAGGUUGCCAAGGCCUCGGUAAAGGACUUUGAAAAAUUCUUAAAAACACUUUAAUUAGUAACACAUGUUAAAAAGAGAAUGUUAUGAAAUAAAUGUAUUUUACAAAAAA